GCAUAUCACCACGAUAAGGCUUCCAAUACCGGAGUCAAUUCAUUAUCAUGCCUGCGACAAGCUUCCCACCUUGCCCUGGCCCACCACCGAGCCGGCCUCUACCACCUAUUCCAACAAAGUGAGCGUCGUACCCAGCCAUGCGCUCAUUGAGCGCGGCGAUCCGACGGCCGCUUCACCUCCCUCAGACAAGACCACAGUGGUCAAGCAUACAUACUCGGACCAUUGGUACAACUACCGCAGUCGAAGCCGCAUCAAGAGCGCCUAGACCUACACUCUCGACUGUGUCGACAACACAUAUCUCACCUAAUGCAUAAGCACCGGCAACAGCCUGUGCAUCACCGCCUCGUAUCUCUCCUGCAGGCUGCAUCUAGCCGCGCUUUGCGCUGUCACGUUGGCCGCCUGCAUUUACGCCCCGCUGGCAUGCAGCUGAUCACGAGGUGCAUAUCUGCAACUACCACCCGCCCUAUCAUCCUCGGCUCACCACGGAUGUCACUAUACACGAGUCAUUCACACGCAAUACAGGAUCCUGUUACCGGCACACACUUUCGACUACCUUCACCGCCUCCACAGAUGAGCUGCUGGUCGGCUGUGUACAUUACCGACCUUUCUGCGAGUAUAUCGCGGUGUAUUUGGCUUUUAAUGCAUACUGUUUAGCUUGCUUCGAGAUCUUAUGUAUACCAUCACGGCUAUUGGCAUCGAGCGUAUUGCAGUUCCGCGGCUCGUAGUUUGAAUUUGGAGUAAGUUGGCAAGACGUAUACCCAGGCAGCUGCAGCGGAUUGCGCGCCUAGUCUUUGUAUUUAGCGACUGAAAUCUGCUGGACAUCAGUCCUUCCAUCCAACUCAUUUUCAC